UUGAAAUCUUCCGGUCCCAUCGAAACAAUCCAAAAUAUCUUCCAUCGGCAGCGUAUCGAUUGUGAUUCCCAAGAAAUGCUUACAAAGAUCCGACGACAAAUCCUAUUUCUGAUUCUGAGAUAGAACUCGGUACCAGAUUUGACGGGAAAAUGGAGAAGACGAUGAAAAUUGGGAAGAGAUUUGAAGGAAAGGUGGCGAUCGUAACGGCUUCGACUCAGGGUAUUGGCUUCGGCAUAGCCGAGCGGCUCGGCCUGGAAGGCGCCUCUGUCGUCGUCUCUUCUCGCAAACAGAAAAAUGUAGAUGAGGCAGUUGAUAAACUCAAAGCUCGAGGAAUCGAAGUGUUGGGUGUCGUUUGUCAUGUGUCUAGUGCAGAACAAAGGAAGAACCUCAUAGACAAGACUGUUCAGAGAUAUGGGAAAGUAGAUGUGGUUGUAUCCAAUGCUGCUGCUAAUCCGUCUAUUGAUCCAAUUUUGCAAAUGAAAGAAUCUGUCCUGGACAAAUUGUGGGAGAUAAAUGUCAAAUCCUCCAUACUUAUUUUAAAGGAUGCAGCUCCUUACUUGCAGAAGGGAUCGUCGGUGGUUAUAAUCUCUUCUAUCACCGCCUACCAACCACCAACUUCCAUGGCUAUGUAUGCGGUGACUAAAACAGCACUUCUUGGGCUUACCAAGGCUCUCGCAGCUGAGAUGGCCCCAGACACUCGUGUAAACUGUGUUGCUCCGGGCUUUGUGCCAACGUUCUUUGCCGCAUCCCUUAUAGAAAAUGAAUCUGCUAAGCAGGAGAUCGAGGGGAGGUCUUUGCUUAACAGGCUUGGUACCACUCAAGACAUGGCUGCUGCUACUGCGUUUUUGGCGUCUGAUGAUGCAGCUUAUAUAACAGGAGAAACUCUGGUGGUUGGGGGAGGGACGCCCUCGAGACUCUAGUUCCCUUUCUUCUUAUCUCAAUAACCCCCGAUUGGUUUAAUUACUUGUUUUCAAUGGGAUAAUUAGAAUGCAAGAACUGUAAGUUCACAAGUUAAAUAAUUUACUUUGUUUUCCUUUAAAUUAUUUUAAUUCCUGUGCAUUAGGUUGAAGCAAAGUACAGAAUUGUGAAAAGCUCCACCCAUAAGACUACAGAAAAUUGUGGUACAUCAGUGAGUAUAGAUUCUUAUACUUCUUGCGUUCAAAUUGUGGUAUACGCCUCGGCUGAUGAGCACAAGUUUCUUUUGAAUGCCAAUGGCUUGAGUUAUUCAUUGUCUAAUUCUUAAGUUUUCUGUACCAAAUUUGAUUCAAAAUGCAACAUUGUAACCAGAUAAUUUACUUGAAUAUGGAAGACAUGAAUUAAUUGAAAGACGUCAGUACAAAUACAUUGUGUGUGGGUUUAUAUGA